GCUGAGCCGUGCCCUGCGUGUCCCGGAAGUGAACGCGUUGGACUGAUGUGUGUCUGGAGAGCAGGACUCUGUCGGUAACAUUUGUGUUUAACGGAGGUUUUCUACCGGAGAAAAUGGACACGUUAAAUAAGCUGAAACAGUUUGACGCUUAUCCCAAAACUCUGGAGGAUUUCCGAGUGAAGACGUGGGGAGGAGCGACCGUGACCAUCAUCAGUGGCGUCAUCAUGUUAAUCCUGUUCAUCUCUGAGCUGCAGUACUAUCUCACUAAAGAGGUCCACCCCGAGCUUUAUGUCGACACGUCGCGAGGAGACAAACUGAAAAUCAACAUUGACGUCAUUUUCCCUCACAUGCCCUGCGCCUAUCUCAGUAUAGAUGCGAUGGACGUGGCCGGCGAGCAGCAAUUGGACGUUGAACACAAUCUGUUCAAACAGCGACUGGACAAAGACUUUAAAGCCGUCACCACCGAGGCAGAGAAACAUGACCUUGGAAUGGCUGACGAUGGUGAAGUGUUUGACCCCAGUUCACUGGAUCCAAACAGAUGUGAGAGCUGUUACGGAGCCGAGACUGAAGACCUCAAAUGCUGUAACACCUGUGAUGACGUGCGGGAGGCGUACCGGCGGCGAGGCUGGGCGUUCAAGAGCGCCGACACCAUCGAGCAGUGCAAGAGGGAGGGCUUCACACAGAGGAUGCAGGAGCAGAAGAACGAAGGCUGCCAGGUUUACGGCUUCCUGGAGGUCAACAAGGUGGCAGGAAAUUUCCACUUCGCUCCAGGAAAAAGUUUCCAGCAGUCUCAUGUCCACGUGCACGCUGUGGAAAUUCACGACCUGCAGAGUUUCGGCUUAGACAACAUAAACAUGACCCAUCUGAUAAAACACCUGUCGUUUGGUAAAGACUACCCCGGCAUCGUUAACCCUCUGGACGACACGGACGUCACAGCGCCACAAGCAUCGAUGAUGUACCAGUAUUUUGUGAAAAUUGUUCCUACCAUCUACGUGAAAACUGACGGAGAGGUGGUAAAAACGAACCAGUUCUCGGUCACCAGGCACGAGAAAGUGGCCAACGGGCUAAUAGGAGACCAGGGCCUGCCGGGCGUCUUUGUUUUAUAUGAGCUGUCGCCCAUGAUGGUUAAAUUCACAGAGAAACACAGAUCGUUCACACACUUCUUAACAGGAGUUUGUGCCAUUAUUGGAGGCGUAUUUACAGUGGCCGGUCUGAUCGACUCGCUCAUCUACCACUCAGCUCGGGUCAUCCAGAAGAAGAUAGAGCUGGGCAAGGCUUCCUAACAGCGCCCCCCCGCUGACCUCCACGGUGCAACAACAGACCAAGACGUGGACACACAGAGACGGAGAGAAGAGGAGCAGUCUUUCUGUCUUCUGUCAGAUUGAGUGAGAGAAACACAGAGAGAGACAGAGAGGUUUCAAAUCAGCCACGUUUUUAAUUCCUCUGUCUCUCUUUUCGUCGUGGAGAAGCUCUGGAGAGGAACCUUUUUUUGAAUUUUGCUCUCCGCUGUUAAAUUCCAUGCCAACGGGACAGAGUCAGACGUCGACGUGAGACAUUUUGUGAUUGAACUAAGAGCAGAGAGGAGGACGACUCAUCUGGAAACAAGGAACUUCCUUCCCUCCCUCCUGUUUUUAAGUCCUGCUUCAGCGCCGCUCAACGCUCAGACCGCCACACUGAAUGUUUGUUAAGGAGAUCUGCGGUCGAGCCGUUGUUCCAGAGGGGUGAGGAUGAGAUGGCACGGGAGACUUUUUAAAGGAAUACGUCACCCCAAAUUUUCUAAUCAGUUACUCAGCUAAUGUAACCUGGACUGCAGAAUCACAGAUAGCCAUAAUUCAUGUUUUCUCAUGAGGACGAGAAAGUUAUUUUUUGAUCUCAAUAUAACAAAAUGUAUUGAGACCUAUCGGUCGCAGGUUUUAAGGAUAAGUUUAGUUAUACUUUUCUUUUUGUCAACAAAUCCCAUGAAAUGAGAGCACCAAAUGUGGCUUAGUCCGCUGCUGAAAAUAGUCCCCAAAAAAUGUACUAUUUCCUCCUGUUUGUUUGAUAAAAACUACAGUGGCCAGUUGUGUUACAAGAAAAAGACAAGUCUUCAGUAGGAACCAACGGGCUUUGGGCUUGGAGUUCCGCAGACAGCGUAGGGAGAUCAGAAUGUAUUGAGAGACGGACUAACACAUUGUUGGUUUUGGUCUUCUAAUGGGAUUUGUUGACAAUAAAAAAAAUACAGAAUAUCUCCUUUACUUUCUCUACAGUUGCACUCUUUACGUCAGGAAUUUAUUGUUUAAAGGUGCUAAAUUCGAUAUUCAGAGCAUCAAUAUAGCAGCUAACAACUCCUUGCUAUGUAAAGAUAUAGAGGAGUAAUGUCUACCUGAGCAGAGCAUGAAGUCUCUCUCCCUCUGUGUGUGUUGGAAUCAGAGCUUCUCUGUGCUUUGUUGACAUCGCGGGGCUGGGCGAGGUGCCAUUUAGUGUACGUGAGCGUGCCCCACUCACGGCCGCCGCUCUGCACUACGCUCACAUGGCGUUUACCGCUGAUAACACAGUCCCGACUGACGCCGUCACCGUGGACGUGUAGCGCCCACCCUCCGGUUCCCCCCCCCCCCCCAGGUUAACACUGUUAGCGCUGUUAGCACCAUUAGCUGCUGGCCCAUGGAUGUAUAAUGAGACCUGGAUACGACGCCGAUGCUCACCAAUUCUUUUCAAGUGGCCACUUGCGGUAUUGCAACAAAAAAUCCCCUUGUGACCCAAAAAACAUUUUCCCCAUCGGCCACCAUUAUUAAAGAGACGUCUGUAAAACUGUUGACCGGACACCUCGAACUGCAAACAAGGUUGAUUAUGAUUCUUUCUAUUAUGAAUUUUUGAUCCACGGAGGUUUUAUAUUUAUUAUUAUAUAACUUUCCGAGAGCCCAGAAAAGUGAUUUAAACAUCUGUAAAGUCUACGGGUCGAGCGGGAACUCGCAGGCGGGCCCAACGAGGGGAAACAUCACCUCCCGCGCAUAUUCAGUGAGCCGCAUACCACGGAAGUAAACCCGGAAGCUAGAAGACAUUUUUGGCGUAUGUCCCAGGCAAGCAGUCUCAUUGGAACGAAUACGCGCCAUCUUGGAAUCCGCCACGUUGAGAGCCGUGUGGAGUCAAUGAUAUGCUCUGAAUACCUUCAAGUGUUUUAAAUACAGUAACUUUAAAUUAAAUUACAAUCCCUCAGAUUUAGACCCGUGUUCAAAGCCAUGCAGGAUCUGACGUUUUAAUAUCGUGAGUCUUUGAUGAACUUAGGAGAAACCUCUUCCAGUGAAUGUGAGGAAAGGAGGAUCAUCCGGUUCUCCAGGCUUCAAGUUGUGAGUUGAUAUACGAAACAUUUUGGGUGACGUGUUCCUUUAAAAGACUUUCUGUACAAAAACAAUAUUUGUAAAGAGCUGAUUUUCUUUUUGAAACAGCUAUUAAAUUAAUGACACUAUUCUGUCCUCACUUGCAUUAAACCCACUAUGUGUAGGAUGUUGGAAGUUUGUAAAAAGAAAAAGACAAUCCUGAUGGAGGAUGGUGCAGCCUCCUGUGUUGAAAUCUGUGCACGCUGGUCUCUGACAUCGUGUCUGAUCACAGCCAUAAAUGAUACGAAGUCCAGCCGGUGAACACAAACAUUACAUUAACUUCAUCUUGAUGCAGACUGUUGGGUAACACGUGUGUCCAACUGGGUGAUUAUCAGACUACCUUCAGCUCGGUGUUCGACCUGCAGCUCAGCAGCUGAUUGUGACCGAUCGGCUCGUUAGUCUCAACUUCCCCCGGCUUUGUAAAGACUCGGAAGGUUUUCUGUGCCACUUGCUUGUUCCCUGAAGUUCAUUAAACCUCAUAUUAUAAUUCAUAGGCGCUCUUUAUUUCAGGCAGAGGCGGGGCACCUCUACUAUGAAACACUGGGUUAACUUGACAUUUUUCAUGAUUCAGUUUAAGAGUUGUUGAGUCUGUAAGUCGACUUACAACUCUGUUUCUGUGCCAAUUUAUUCUGCUGUCAGUUUAUAGGCUGUGAGUGACGUAGGAAGACCACAUCCUCGUUCUUAAGCCCGAUUAUAAAGCUCUGAUUGUGAUUUUAACCAGACAGGAAAAAGCCGUCAAUAAGCUCAACGCCAGACCUGUUUGAAUUUCAGAAAA